AUGGAGGAGACCAUCCCAACAGACCUCUCUCUAACAGACAUGAAUACAACAUAUCCAGAACCUGAAGAGUACAAAUACUUUUGGUGUGAACAUCCAAGAAAUGUCAUCCUUAUAAUUGUCUGUGUCUGCACUUGCAUCUGUGUGUGUGGGCUUGUGGGGAAUGCGGCGGUCCUGUGGCUCCUGGGCUUCUGCAUGAAGCGGAAUCCCUUCACCGUCUAUGUCCUGAACCUGGCCGUCGCUGACUGCUCUCUGCUCCUGAUCCUGCUUGCAAAAUUUACACUCUACUUUAUUGCAUGGGUCUAUUGUAUUGACUAUAUGGUGUUUGAUUUAGCUAAUGUUAUCCUGUUCAUUAUGUUCCUGUUUUGUUAUGUGGCUGGCAUGUAUCUGCUGACAGCCAUGAGCGUGGAGCGCUGCCUGGCUGCUUUGUUCCCAGUUUGGUACCGGUGCCACCGUUCAAAGCACUGCUCAGCAAUCAUGUGUGGGCUGCUCUGGACCCUAGCUGCUCUUUUUGUUAUUUUGCUGUUUCUUGCUUGUCCUUUCAGGAUAGACUGUUACCAAGCCCAAACAGUUUUAAGCAUUGUGAAUAUUGCCCUGUUUGCUUACAUCCCACUGCUUUCCAACCUGGUCCUGUUCAUCAAACUCCGAGGUGGCUCCCAGAGACGACACCCAGGCAAACUCUAUGUUGCUGUCCUGCUCAGUGUUCUCUUUCUGGUUGUCUUAGGGAUUCCUUUCAGUGUGGAGAUUUUAGUUUCUUUUUAUUAUCCACAACGAUUUUAUAUAUCUUUUCUGCUGGCCUCACUGAACAGCUCCAUCAAUCCUGUCAUUUAUUUCCUGGUGGGGAGCUGCCAGCACUGUCGGAUCCAAUGCUCCAUCAAAGUUGCUUUCCAAAGACUGUUUGAAGAGGGAGCCACAAGUGAGGAGAGGAGCCAGGUGUCUGGGGAUGCUGUGAUGGAGACCAGCGUCUGA